AUGGCAGAGGGAGCACGCGAGCAAUGGAGCGUGAGCUUAGGGUCGCUCGAGGAGAUCAUGUUGAGGGCCGUGCUUGUUCCUGUUGUGGAUGUCACGCCACAGCGUCUCAACGUCCAAGCAGCCGAGCUCAACAAAUUCAGGCUGCAAUCCAGUGGGAACCGUGACUUGAUCACGUCGUUCGAGGCGCCCACGGUCGAUUCGCUCUUGUUCUCGUAUUUCUCCACAUUAUCUCGUUUCAUUGGAUUUGGUCUCGAUUUGCACCUUAUGAGUUUGUCCACCUCAAUGGAAUGGAGCAGCAAAUACACAGAGCUCAAUAAUCCUGCCGGCUUACGCAUCCGUGUGCUAUGCAUGGUGAUACUUGCCAGCGGCUAUGAGCGUGGCAUUUGCUCAACUAAGAAAGAAUAUGGCCAUUACAUGGAGGACAUCGGGAGAAAUCGACACAUCUCAUUGACUAAUCUCGAGGUGGUGGAAAUCAAAGGAUUCAAUGGAUCACAACCAUGGUUUCUUAAACAUUCCGAUCAAAUCUGCGCCAAUGCUAAAGAUAGUGCGGAUGGAACUAUCCAACGGGGCGCCCGCAAUGCUCGAGAGGUCGGCGAAGCACUGAAGGUUGGUGAAGAUGAGGACGAGUAUCUCUGCAGGGACGCUGGCCAAGGAGGCAAUGGCAGAGGGAGCGCGCGAGCAAUGGAGCGUGAGCUCGGGGUCGCUCAAAGAGAUCAUGUUGAGUCGUGCCUAUUACUGUUGUGGAUGUCACGCCACAUCGUCUCAACGUCCAAGCAGCCGAGCUCAACAAAUUCAGGCUGCAAUCCAGUGGAAACCAUGACUUGA